AUGAACUGCACCGCCAUAAAUAGCAAUCAGAUCGAAACGACACCGAACAACCACCCGCGGCUGAUGCGAGGGACCAUGCUGCCGAUGGCCACACCUAUGCCGACGGGAACGGCACACCACCGCACGGCGCAGGCCACCAUCUGCACGACGGCCGGCACCGGCCCAGCGGGCGCAGCGAACAUUGGGACGACCGUGUUUUUCCACCGCACCACCAACAACCUGCUGAACGUGCCGGGACGGGCCGCCAACAGCUCCGAGGAGGAGAACUCGCCGACCGAACUGAACACCUGCCGCAAGCUGGCCGAGAAGCCGCCGCUGGUGAAACGACUAACGAUGGGCAUCUUGCGGACGGCCGAAGACAGUCGGCCGCUGGUGCACAGCUCGUCGUCGCCCUCGAGCUCGUCCAGCUCCUCGCAGACCAUCUCGGAUGGGUACGUGAACGAGGGAAUCUGUGCCGAUACGGCGGAAACGUCCCUCACGACGACCGUGUUCAGCAGCAAGAUCUCGCCCGUCGGCAGCCAGACACCGGCGGCGGCGAGUAGCGUUGGUGGUAGUGCCGGUUGCAGCUCUCGGAGCGCUGGGGCGGCUGGUGGUGGGACGCCGGGGGGACCACCGGGGGUGGGAUCGGCGGCGAGCAUACUGCUGGAUGCCGGUGGGCCACGGUACAAUCACACCGCCACGACGCUCCUCUACCCGCCGGCGGUCCCCAUCAGGAACGAUAGUCUUAGUCUUAAGGAGCAGCACGAGCUGAAGGGCGCGCCCUGGUUCCAGGCCGGCAUACCGCGAGAGAUUUCGCUCGAGGUACUGUCCCGCCAGAGCCCGGGCGCGUUUCUGGUACGCCAGAGCACCACCAAACCGGGCUGUUUCGCACUGUCCCUGCGAGUACCACCGCCAGCACCAAAAGUAGCACAUUACCUAAUUCUAAGGACGAUACGUGGGUAUAAGAUUAAGGGCUUCACGAAAGAAUUCACCUCCCUGAGGGCGCUCAUAACGCACCAUUCGGUGAUGCCGGAGCUGUUACCCGUUCCACUGGCACUCCCGCGACCACCCCAGAUUGGCCAGCGGCAGGAAGAUCCGGAAACGUACGGGUCGUUGAACGAUUUUCAAAACAUGAUCACCGAGUGA